AUGGCCCAGCAGCAGGGCUAUGGAGGCUUUGGCCAAGGCGGCCAAGGCGGCCAAGGUGGCCAAGGCGGCCAAGGCUUCAUGGGCAAAGGACAAGAGCCACAGGGGCAAGGGCAAAGCCCACAAAGCCAAGGCGGCUUUGGUAAAUCUGGCGGCAAGAGCAGUGGUGGAGGCAAGAGCAGUGGUGGCAGUGGUGGCAGUGGCGGUUCAGGACUCGGAGGGGCCAGUGAACGAGGCAAAGGAGGCGGUAAGGCGGCAAAGAAUCAACCCACGGAGAUGACGUUUGAGGAGUACAAAGCCGAGCAGAAGAGACAGGCCGCUGAAAAGAAGGAAAAGCUGCUGAAGCAGCAGGAGGAGGCGAGGGCUGCUGCCAAAGCGCGUGCAGAGGCCUUCGAGCGGGGGGAUCUGCCGGCCGAGGAGCCCAAGGUCGCGGAGCCUAAGCCACCAGAGCCCAAGGCACCAGAGCCCAAGGCAGAGCCUAAGGCACCAGAACCCAAAGCGGAACCUAAGCCGGUCGAGAAGCCAUCAGAGCCCGAAGAUGAUUGGGAGGCAGAAGCCGAAAAGGAGGAACCCAAGAAGCCGGAGCCAGCAGCGCCAGCGCCGGCAGCACCAGCGCCGGCAGCACCAGCGCCGGCAGCACCGGCCGCACCGAGCAAGACGCCUCCAGCACCAGAGCAGACUCAGGAGCCCCCGCCACAGGAGGAGGAGCCAGAAGAGAUUGUAGAGUCUGUAGAGGUCAAAGUAGAAGGGAAGGACGGAGAUCGGAAGGUACCUGAUCCUCGUCCCCAUCUCAACGUGGUUUUCAUCGGCCACGUCGAUGCCGGCAAGUCCACGACCUGCGGCAAUAUCUUGUUCUUGUGCGGUAUGGUCGAUGAGCGCACCAUCGAGAAGUACAAGCAGGAGGCUGCUAACAAGGCAGGUGAGAGCUGGUUUUUGGCUUUCAUUAUGGACACAAGCGAGGAGGAGAAGGUCAAGGGCAAGACUGUCGAGGUCGGCCGGGCUGCCUUCGAGACAACGAACCGCCGUUUCACAAUCCUUGAUGCUCCGGGGCACAAGUCCUACGUUCCAAACAUGAUCGCUGGAGCGUCGGCAGCUGAUGUUGGGGUGCUCCUAGUUUCUGCUAGAAAGGGCGAGUUUGAAACUGGCUUCGAGAAGGGAGGGCAAACUUGCGAGCAUGCCUUGCUGGCAAAAACGCUUGGGGUCGAGAAGCUUGUUAUAGCAAUCAACAAGAUGGAUGACCCCACGGUGGAGUGGGAUGAAAAGCGGUACAACGAAAUUGUGAAGAAAAUAGGAGCUUUCCUCAAAAAGAGUGGCUACAAGGAUGAUCAAGUGAUUUUUCUGCCCAUGUCAGGGCUGAUGGGAGACAACAUCAAGGAAAGGAAGGGCACUCCUGCUUGGUACACAGGGUUGACCCUGCUUGACUCUCUGGAUGGCAUCUCCGUGGCUGGUCGAAAAGCAGAUGGGGCCUUGCGAGUUCCAAUGAUGGAGGGCUACAAAGACAUGGGCGCAGUCACAGCCAUUGGCAAGAUAGAGCAGGGCACCGUCAAGCCUGGCAUGAAGUGCAUCGUGAUGCCAACCAACAACAAAUGCACAGUGAAUGCCGUAUUCAUCAAUGAUGUAGAGAUGCAGUAUGCCACGUGUGGUGAGAACGUUACUUUGAAGAUGUCGGGAAUUGGUGAUGAGGAGCUGAAGAAAGGCUACGUUCUGUGUGCCGACAAGACUCCCAUCCCGGUUGUGUCAAAGUUCAAGGCGACCAUUCAUGUAAUUGAGCUGGGACCUGACAGACCAGUGAUGACCUCCGGGUAUGUUGCGGUCAUGCAUGCGCACACCACGAGUGAAGAAUGUGAAAUUCUCAAGUUGUACGAGACGAUGGUCAUUCAAACGAAGAAGAAGGAGAAAAAUCCGCAGUUUGCAAGGCCUGAUUCGGUGGUUGUUUGCAGCAUCAAGCUGGCACGACCGACGGCCGUGGACACAUUCACGUCGUCCCCGCAGCUGGGUCGAUUUACUCUUCGAGUAGACGGGCGAACAAUCGCAAUUGGCAAGAUUACUGAGCUGCCGAAGUCUGCAGGAGAUGCCUGA